AUGUCUAAAUUGCCUCCACCUCCUUAUAAUGACCAGGAUACGAUUUUGUUAGUUGGUGAAGCCAAUUUCUCGUUUGCCAAGAGCUUAGCGUUAGAGAUCCUGAAUCGUGGAGACACAAUGACAGCAACCACAUUAGACUCCUUUUCAACCAUGACUGAAAAAUACACGGAGGCACAGGAAAAUGUCAAGGAGCUCGAGGAAGCCGGCGCAACUGUAUUGUUUGAGGUCGAUGCCACAAAGCUAGACAAGAUCAAGAGCUUUAAAGGGAAAAGAUUCUCCAAGAUUAUCUUUAACUUUCCUCAUGCAGGUGCUAGUAUUAAAGAUCAGCAUAGAAAUAUUAUUAGCAAUCAAAAGCUAAUACGAUCCUUCUUUGAGUCGGCGGCACCCUUCCUCACGGAUACAGAUCAGGGAGACAAAAAAGCUGGAGAAAUCCAUGUGACAUUGAAGUCGGGACAACCUUAUGACAUGUGGAACAUUAAACGAUUAGCGACAGGGACUGGUUUGCUGGGUGUGAAGACAUCGUUUCCCUUCAGACCGGAGCAAUAUUCAGGAUAUGAACAUCGUCGGACGAUUGGUUACAAGGAAGGUGUGAGCCAAGGCGGGAAUGCAGAAAUCAAAAACAAGAACCCAAAGACUUUUGUCUUUGUGAAAAAGAUGGUUAAGGAAGCUGAUGUGGCUAAGGAGCAAGAGUCUGCCAAUAUCAAGAAAAGAAAGAGGGCAGGCGAGGAUCUAUCGGAUGAUGACGAAUGA